AGAAAGGUGAAGAAACACCCGAACCUGAUACAUCUCAGCGGCUUCUCGCGGAUUGGUCAACUUCCAUGCCUCGUUUUCACUCCCGUGGUGACGGACCUGCGCACAAGGAUCUCCGAGAUCCACCAAUCAGCGCUCAUGAAGAACGCCUACGCGCCCUAUGACGUGUUGCUGGGAGACAUGACGCAGGUGCUGAACGGGUUAGAGUACCUGCACAGCAAGGGUCUCGUGCACCUCGACUUGUCGCUCAGCACCGUGGCGGUUGACAGCAACCACGUUGUGAAGCUGACGAACAUCGGGAAACCCCGUGAGGCCAGUUUACCGCAUCAGGGGUCCUUCGACGCGACGAAGGCGGAGGGAUAUGUCUACCUGGCACCCGAGGUCCUGCGGGGACAGGACUACGUCACCGAGUCGGACAUGUACGCCGUAGGUCUCAUGAUGUGGGAAAUAUGCUACAGGGGAACUGCUUACGUGGAUGAGAACGUCAAAACUUUUGCAGAGCUGAAAAGCUUCGUCUGCAGCAACCGCCGACCAAAGACGCCAGAGGACCCGAGCGAUGGGGGCUACAUCCGGGAACCCAGGGACUACAACAAGUGGACGGCCGUCAUGGCGUGCUGCUGGGCCAACGAGCCGGAGAGUCGUCUGACGGCGAGCAGCUGGCGGGAGAACAUCAACAAGACAGGAGACUCGAGAUCCGGCUCGCUUCGACUCAGCUUCCACGAUGAACACUUUCAGACUAACGACACCUGACAAUGGACUAUAGUGCACUGAGACCAAACCCUAGCCUAUGCUGUUCAGGCCACCUCACGUCAAUAUAGGAUUUUAGAACAAAGAAAUGAUUCAUACGUUAUUUUCGUACAUACAGUGAAGCGCUUAUCGACAAUCGUUCGACACAGUCCUCUGAACCUCAUCACGUUGAAAUGACAGGAAGCACAUGUCACGUGACCUGAAGGGAAGUGUGACGUCAGGAAUGGGUCAAAGGUGCCCGGCAGUUGUUAACGGCUUCCGUCUCGAUUGGUUGAUAUAGUGUGAUGUAAGAAAUUAAAGUAAGAACAGGGUUCUUCAAAGUGCAAUGCCACGUUUACACACAUGUCAUUCAGGAGACAAAUAACUGUUUGCAAUAGCCAUGGAAAAUGUUAGAUAGCCUUCACGUACCACUAGAGUCAAGAGUACUCUAUGUGUGCGCGUGUUUUUUUGCAUCUAGUCUUUUACCUGAUACCUCCCAUGUACGAGUAAGAAUACAAUACAUUAAAAAAAUAACUAUGCAGACUUUA